AGAAGAAGAAGAAGAAGAAGAACGCAGCAACAGAGCGAGUGCUAGAAGUUUGGUUAAGCUACUUAGCUUUUCAUUUACCGACUUGUCAGCAACUGCACAAUAAUGGGUUAAUAAAACGUUGCUGAGUACAAUAUUAAGCGUUGUGUGAACACACAGAUAUAAACAACAGCAAAUGCAACAUUUUUUUUUAACUUUGUCAUGUCCACUAGAAAGCGCAAAAGAUACUCUGACAUAAAGUGUGCUUUCUUUCCGGAUGAUGUACAAAAAGUGGGACGAGACACUUCAUUUUCUUGCACAUCGUCCGCCAAGAAUUGGGAGAAGUGUGGAGACAGUUUUGUGGACACUCCAGUCACAAAGAAUCUCAGGUCAUCAGGAAGAAAAUUGUCUGAAAUAAGAAAAUUGGCAUUGUCCCAUGCCUUAGCACAGACUAGUGCUGCUCACUGUAAUGAGGACCCUGUGCACAUCGCGUGGAGCUCCAGUGACAGCGAGUCGAAUGAUGAUUGUAAGCAUCUUCAGUCGCAAGCUGUUGCUCAGCAGCAGCAAAGACCUCAGAGACUAAGAAAGCCCACAGCUCCUGUUCAGUCUUUCAGCAGAGCACUCCACAUACUCAGCAGUGCUGCAGAUGACCUUCCUGUUAUCGACACAGACAGCGAUCUGAAUGAUUCCGAAUAUGAUAUUGAAGAGAACAGUGUCAAACAAAUCUCUGACUGCGAUUCAGAGCCUGAUGGAGAAGAAAAUCUGACUCGUAAAGCUGCACUUGUGGCAGAGUUAGAGAUUACAGGUUACGACUCUGAUGGAGAAAAUACUGCUGACACCUCGAGCAGAUGGGACUCUGAGAGUGUUCGCCUCCAAAUUGGUGAGGGCAGCAAAAGGUCAGUCAGUGACUGGGUCAGAUCUGCUCAGGCGAUGCUGCAGACGCCACAGAAACAGUUUGACAGGCAGCCCAGGACGCCUGAAGACUCAGCCAAAAAGAAGAGGAAAUUCCAAAGUGGAGGCCUGGCAGAGCGCUUAAACAGACUUCAGUGCAGACAGAAAUCGGCUAUUAGCUUCUGGAGGCACCAGUCCACGUCGGGCGCUGUAACAACAGUGGACAGGCCUGGCGUGCUGGUGCUGGAGGUGCUGGAGGUUCAGGAGGAGUGCAGCAUGCAAGUGGUGCACUGUGAGCACCAUCAGCCUCCUAGAGAGGGCCACCAACACAGCCACCCUGGCUUCAAGGCAGGAGAUCAUGUGCUGGUGUUAUUCAACAGAGAGACUGCAGCCCAGCUGGUCCCUGCACCAGGAGAUAUAAUCCACAUCUACCCACCAUGGCAAAGUCUUUCCAUUGAGGGCUUCAGCUGUUCCAUAAUUCUGAACACACAUUUCAGCCAGAAAGUCUCCUCCGCUUCCAAGCUAGGCAACAUGCCCAUCCCACGAGGUCUGCUCUUAUCAGAAAGAUGUGUUCCAUACACUUUGGGUCAAAUAUUUGGGCUGGCUGAGAUAUGUCGGACCCCAGAAGAGACAAGUAGCACCCAGCAGGUUGCUGCCCCUCAUGCUCUGUGCAGUUUUGGAAGCCCAGGUGUUAUGAGACAACACUGUAACUCCCUCUUGGAAGCCAUUGAGGGACUGGGUCAGGCUGGAUCUGUAGGGCAGGACGUGGAGGUGGUGGUACAGAGAGUUUACUCUGUUCCUGUUCCUGACUGGACUGCUGCAUCUAUACUGAAGCCCAGAGUUCCACCCAAGUCUUCCACAGCUCUUCCCCCAGAGAAAGGCAAAACCAGGCUGUGUGUACUUGUGCAGGACAGCUAUGGGAUGUUCAGUGUGGUCCAGCUGCACGUCUUGCCUUGCAAAGACCAGCUGCACCAGUACGGCCAGAUGUGGCAGGGGAAGACCUGCAUACUGAGAGGCAUUAAAGUGGUGCAGCGGGUCACUCGAGAAAGGUGUUUCAGGCUUUUCAGCUUGAUAGACAGUCUGUGGCGCUCGCUGAUGUCGGUUAAAGAACAUGGAAGCACAGCUAGCUUGCGCUGUCCGAGCAGACCUUCAGGACCAGCUCCGAGCUUCUGUUACAUCCUGACAGGCCAGGAAAGUUCAGUGGAGCCCACUGAGAGGCCGACUGUGUCCCCCCUUUAUGUCCCCCCGUCACAUAGAACAUUACGAGAUAUACUACAGAGUGAGCUCACAACCUGUCGUUGCAGUUUUGUUGCCACCAUUAUAUACAAGAAAAUGGAGCACAAUGAUGUAGGCCAAACUGAGGUUUGGAUUGUGCUGACAGACCCCAGUCUUCAGGAGGAGCAACUCGAGAGACAAUGUCGGCGAACAGUGGCCCUGUGUGUGAAGACAUCCUGCGUUCUCACUUCCCCUGUCCUCAAAGCAUUAAACUCCUCCCCUGCCUGCAGCUUGUCAUUCACAGAUGCGCUCAAAGAACAUGGUGUUCUCCUGUGUGUGGAGCAGUCUGUUAUUCAGAUGUGGUCUGUGGAGACCAAAAGCAGUCUUUCAGAGUCGCUGUCCACAUCCCAGGCGCAGACCCUGCCCCAACCUGUGCGACUGGAUCCCCUAGAUCUAGAAAUCUCACCAAACACUCUCUGCUCUCUCACAGGAGUAGUAGUUGGUGUGGAUGAGAGCACGGCUUAUUGCUGGCCUGUCUGCAGCCACUGUGGAAGUGAUCAUUUAAAGCUCUUAUCAGAAAGGCCUCAGACCUUCCACUGCGUUUGUUGCAAAUCUGCAGUACAAAAACCAACCACCAGAAUUCAACUGGAAGUGUUCUUGAGUUCUUCGUUAAAUAAUUGCACUAUUAAGGUUAAGCUGCAGCAGAAGACCAUCAUGUCCAUACUAAAUACUACAGCACUGGAAGGUACAGAGUUCCCAGGUUAUGAUGUUGAAAAUGUCCUGGGGAAGGAGGUGGGCCCCAUCGCAGCUUACGUGAGAGUCAUCACCAGAAAGCCCUCUCUGUGGGUCGGCUUGGAAGAAAUCAGCCUGUGAGGCGGUCGGAGCGCGGAGCUCAAAUAUGUCAAUUCUCAGGCUUUCAGCUGGCUCCAGGGAUCUGCACACUAGGACUCAAUGUGAUCCAGCUCCACCCCCUCUGAAGGGCCCCUGACAGCUUGAAGCUGAGCUGAAGCCAGCAGGCUGGAAGAAGGCAAAGUUUUGUUUGUGAUAAUGAUAUGUGAUCCCAUGGUCCAGGAGCUGACAGCCCAAGGGAAGACCAGUGGCAUGCUGUCUGUCAAACCAAAUCACGUGGUUGUAGGAAAAAACCCUUUAGGCUGUAAAUGCAACUUUAAGUGGUCUGAAAACCUGUUUCACGUUGUCACACUAUGCAUACUGUGUCAAUAAAAGUUCUCAUGGUG